AUGGCUUUCGCACUACUGCGAACCUGUGGCGCCCGGCAGGCAUUGCCGUUGUUUGAACGGCAACUAAAAGUGCUUUCCUCAACCCUAGCCUUUUCCGGUGAAUCUUCCGCAGCUGUGGAAAAGACUCCCUACAAAAAGGAUGCAACGCUGAAAACCAGUCCAUUCUGCAAGACUUUCCUGUCCACCUCGGUUAGAAAGUACUCCAAGAAAACGGCCGCACCAGAGCGGGCGUACGACAGUGAUGACGAUUCGGAUUCGGACGACGAACGGGACAGAACUCCGCGUCGCCAACGCAAAGAGCGGGGUAAUUCCGAGUUCUGGCGCCGCAAGAUGCGCACACUGCAUGGUGUGAUGGACGUCAACAAGGAUGGUGUGAUUUCAUACGAUGAUUUUAUGCUUCUGACCGAAAAGUUUGCAUCCCUCGGCCAUCUGGAUGCGAAGGCCAAGAACGAGUUCCGUGACAUUAUGAGGACCACGUGGGAACAACAGUGGGGUGAAAUAACGCCCUACAAUCUAGUCACCGUCGAACAAUACUUAACCGAAAUGCACCAUGUCGUUAAUGAUAAGGAUCUAAAAAAGAAAGUGCACCGUUUUCUGCCAUACCUGUACAAGGCAGUUGACAAAGAUCGGUCGGGAUCGAUCUCGCUGAAUGAGUUCAAGCUGUUUUUCCGCUGUCUGGGCCUGACGGAAGAGAAUGCUGCCGUUUCGUUUGCCGUGAUCGAUAAAAAUGGCGACGGACAGAUUACGCUGGAUGAAUUUGUCAAGCUGGGCAAGGAUUUCUUCGUCAGUGAAAAAGAAACGCACGUGUCGCGAAUGUUCUGGGGUCCGCUGGUAGAUCAUUGAGCCGGUCGCUCGUUGUGAAGCGUAAACGUUUUAAAAGUUUGUAUCUUGUGUAGCGACAGAAUUAACUAACUAGCUGUAAACCGUGAUGAGUGUUUUAGGGGGUAAAAUAUGGAGAUGUUUUCUCAGUAGAUUUCUUCACAAUAAUUUUUCCUUGCAUCCAGGCGUUUCUAUCCACUUUUUACCUUUCAUAACCGAUCUGGAUUACAUACAUGACGAUCAGCUACAUUGACCAAGGUAUUGUUCUUGGCCAUCAAAUCCUAUCCAGUAUCAUGCAUGGAUACAUUUUAUUUGAGAGAAUAUCAUUUGUGAUAAAGCAAUAAAAUGUAUUUUGAA